AUGAAGGGGUUUGAGGGGUGGGGGUGGGGUGAGAAGGAGGGGUGGGGGGUAUGGGGGGUGGAGGAUGUAGGGAAGGGGUGUUUGGUUGAGAGAAUUAUUAUUAUAAGUUGGUGGGGUGGUUUUGUGUGGUGUGUUGGUGAUUGGGGUUGGGGGGGUGGGAGGGGGUUGUGGAAGGGAGGGAAGAUGAGGAGUUAUGGGAUUGGGGUGGAGGGGUGUGGGGGGGGUGGUGGGUUGGGUUUUGGUUUGGGUUGGGUGAUUGGGGAGUAUAGGAAUAUGGGGGGGGGUAGGGGGGGGGGGGGGGGGGGGGUUGGGGUGGGAGAGGGGGGGGGGGUGGAGGGAGGAGUGGUUUGGGUAGUGGUGGGGUGGGGGGGGGGGGUGAAAAUGGAGUUGGGGGAAAGGAGGGGGUGGGGGAGGUGUAAGGAGGGAAUAGAAAGGGGGGGGUAUGGAGAAGGGGGGUGGGGGAGGUGUGUGAAAGAUAAAUUGGGGAGUAGGAAAGGGGGUUUGGGGGGGGGGGGGGUGUGGUUAUAG